AUGGGGGUGUUUCAGGUAGACUGGCAGGGUUUCAACACGCCUGCUUUUAACAGCCCCUCAAUGGUGUCAGCCAUUCCCGCCUCUGCAGCAGGAUACUUAAACGAAACGACUGACCUCCCAGAAGUUAUUGUGGAAGGCACAGAGAAACUCACCAGGACAAACUUUGAAUGGUUGCGGAAAGUGAGCGACAGAUCCAAAUACAUUGCCCGAAGCUGUAAAGAAAUCCUGGAUAAACAUGAUGAACGAGAAGAUGGGAUAUACUACCUGACCACAACUAAUGGGAUGAUAUAUCAGACUUUCUGUGACAUGAACACUGCUGGAGGUGGCUGGACACUGGUGGCCAGUGUCCAUGAAAAUAGCGUUUAUGGACGAUGCACUGUGGGGGAUCGCUGGUCCAGUCAGCAGGGUAACAAUCCAAAUCAGCCGGAUGGAGAUGGAAACUGGUCCAACAGAAACACCUUUGGUGUAGUAGAGGGUGCUACGUCUGAUGAUUACAAGAAUCCAGGUUACUAUGAUAUCUUUGCGGCAGACGUGUCUUUGUGGCACGUUCCCAACAACUUCCCAGUGGAGCACUGGAACCUGGCAGCCAUUCUUCGCUACCACACUGACAGUAACUUCCUUCGUCUUUAUGGGGGAAACCUCUUUAACCUGUUUAAGCAAUUUCCAGUAAGGUACAAUGUUGGCACGUGCUCCAGUAGGGGACCAGCAGUUCCUAUUGUGUAUGACCAUGGGGACAGGGAGUCCACCAGAUAUCUAUAUGGAAUGGAAUCAAGAAUGGAGUUUGAUCCUGGCUUCAUCACAUUCAGACCCAUAAACAAUGAACAAUCAGCCAUGGCUAUCUGUUCUGGGGUCAAACCCAGAGGGUGCAACUCUGAACAUUAUUGUAUAGGAGGAGGAGGAUAUUUCCACCCGGACCAGUGUGGAGAUUUCCCAUCAUUUGACUGGGACAGGCUGGGAAGAGAACAAGGCUGGAGCGCCUCCAAGGAGAUGACCGAGUCUGCUGUCCUGCUGUUUUACCGCUGAGGGGAUAUAGUCUGUUAGAUAAAUGUACCUAAACAACUCACCAGUAGAUGGCACUACAAUACCGUCUAUUUAAAUGAAACCAACUGGAAGUUCUGGCCAACUUAAACAGGUAGCAGUGAGAAAAUUAGAGUAUUAGAGACUCCUCAGUGAAUACAAAAAUAGAAUGAUGUAAUUACGAGUGACCUCAUGGAUUUUUUUUAACAUAGAGAGCACUCAUGAUGAUAAGAAUGAAGUCAUAUAACUUGGAUACUAAGUUUCCUUUUAUUUAGAAGUAGUUAGGUUUUCAAGUCUCCGUCUCCAACGAGUCUAACAGACCCAACAGCCUCUUGUUAUUUCUGGAAAUAUUUGUUGCCAUGUUAUUUUGUUAUGCUUUUUCAAAGAUGUCUGAGUGUAUUUUAAGAGAUUUACAAGGACCCUUCAGCAGCCAAUCAAAUGCAUGUUUCUCACAAGUUGUUCAAUUUCAUGCUAAAACAACACAACAAAAAAAGAGAGGCAAAUUAAAGGAAAGUCAAAGGUGUUUUCAAAAAACAAAUGGGCAGUAAAGAUUUUGGGGAAAUAGGGCAGUUUCUAAAGGACAGUUUUCAGUAACUUUUCGUCCAGGUGUGUACUGUAGGGUGUUUUAGUAAUUUUUCCUCCUUUGAGGUCCUUCGAUGUUUCAAAUGGUUUGCAACUUCAGUAAAAUGUUUCUUGCUGUAGUCCUUCAUACUGAAGAAAACCAUGUCAGUGGUUUACAGAAGAGAACCCUGUACGGAGUGUUUAUUAAGUGCUGGCAAUAUUUUUGACAGCCCGGAUAAAGAUGUGUAAAAAGCCUUAGAAUGAUUUUAGCUCUUACUGUGGUAGCAUAAUUACACAGUGAGGAUAUUUGUAAAAACCUCUGUAAAAUUAUUUAGAAGGGCAAUAAUCCCAGCUAAGCUUAAUAGUUGAUUAUAUUAUUUCCUAACACUCAAGAAAUGUACUAGGGAUGUUUCUACAAAUUUUCAGUGUCAGAUGACACCACUGCAUAAAGGAUUAAUUAAUUUUAAGGCUUUUAACACGUCUUUACUAGGGACACAGUUGAUGAUUGCCCUCAAACAGCUAACAUUACAUUACAAGUAAACCCCUUGAAUUAAAGUCUAAAUUUCCUUCUUCGUGGCUGCAUUUCAGCUCUGCUGAUGUAAAACUCUGAAACUAUCACUAUUGAGGGCAGGCAUUGCAUUAGUGGAAUCAGUUCAUUUAUUAUACAGAAGCACAGAUUAUCCCCACGUCACUAAAAAGGAUUACCAUUUCUCCCUCAGUUAUGCUGGUAUUUCUGUUAGUUCUGAAGAACUAAGUUACCAAUUCCUAUUCCAUGUAUGGCUCAGUUUAAAAUGCAAACACAAAAAUCUUGUGAAACAAACUGAAUUAAAUUUUAUUUUAAUUUUUUAAUAGUGAUGCACAAAUGAGGAUGUUUAGUCCCUGACACUGAUCCGAGUCAUUUCACAAUACAUAUUUACUGAUACUAAGUCCCAUUCUGAUACUUCAUCAAAAUCAAUGCCAUGUACAUGCAGUAAAAAACGUACAGUAUAUUGAGUUAGUAUCACAUGGUCGAGAGUAUCGUUAUUGUCUCAUAUCUAACUCACUCACCAAUGACGUUCAGGACGGCACAGUCUUUCUUUUUCUUGAUAAAGACAGAUGUUUUGUCCAAACCAGAGUUUCUGCAGCUCAGCCAUAUGAUGCUGCUCCAGCAUAAUAGGUUAAUUAACUAGGUUAAGAAAGCUACCAUAAUGUCUUGACAACACAUGAAAAGCAUAUGGCUUUACCAUUUCUCUAAAGAUAUUUAUCCCACUCAGCACUCACACUGAUAAUUGGUUGCAAUAUAUUCAGAGCUCUUUUUUUUUAGGCACUAGUGGCCUUUAUUUUGCAAAUGUCACCAGGUCUGGGACUCGAACCCGGGACAGCCGCUUCGAGGACUAUAGCCUCUGCACAUGGUCGUGUGCUUUUCGCCCCUACACCCUCCCCUAUAUUCAGAGCUUUUGAUGGGGUACAGUGUGAUUGCGGGUUACUGAUGACAUUUAGUUAUACAGGUGGAAUCAAAGACAUGAUUUUGGACACAGAAAGUGUAGGACACAAUAUAGUACCAUCUGGAGCAGACCGGAUCGACUUUUUAAUUACUCUGUUCAGAUGAGAAUCUCACCUGGUUACACACAUCAUGCAGCUGGUCAACAGAGCUCAUGAGGGGGCAAACUUUCUAAAGACAAGAUGUUUAAUACUAAUAAAACAUUUUAUUAACUUCUAGAGCUGCAUCAUCCACAGCAUCCUAACAAACCUCAUCAAAGUGUGGUAUUAUACAAGUCUAAAGUCAAGAAAAUGGCAGCUAACAUCUAUGCAGACCCUACACAUCCUGGACACAAACUAUUUAGACUUUUACCUUUAGGUCGGUGCUUCAGAGCACUAUUUGUAAAAACGAGCCGCCAUAGAGACAGUUUCUUCCCCCAGGCUGUUUCUCUGUUGACCACAAUAAACGCCUCACAGCCAGAUUAGUCAGCUACUCUGCUGAAAAUAAUCAAAACCUGCCUUCCGCAUUUUAUGUACAUUUAGAAAAACACACAUACACUUGUACAUACUGUUCCUUGUCCCUAUUUAUUUGUUUUUACACAAUGUGGUUGUUGUUUGGAUUGAUGUUGAUAUAUGAUGUGAGAGAUGGAAACUAAAAUCAAAUUCCUUGUUUGUGAUCACAAACCUGGCCAAUAAAGUUGAUUCUGAUUCUGAA